AUGUGUGAAUUCAUUUCUGAUACUAAACUUUUUAUUGAUCCAACUUAUCGUUAUUCCUAUCUGUCAAAAUUCAUUAAAUUUGGAAAAGAGGAUUUGACACUUGUCAAAGAGUUUGGUCAAAUGGUGUUGAAUCCACUCAUUCCGCGUUUGAUCGAGGACAUUGAAAACAAAAUGUCAAAUUAUGACGUGACGAGAGAGUUAUGGAGAGGAAAUGUUGAAUCAAUUGUGGACACAGAUAAAGUCAGUAAUCAAAAAAGCGAGAACAAUGAAUUUAUCUUUAAAAAGGAAAUUCAAAUCAUGUACCUCAAAAAAUUAUUCAUGAUUGACCAAGAACUCUCUUCGAAUGGCUCCUCUUCCAAAGAUCAAGUCGAUCCCUCUGUCAUUAACUAUAUUAAGGAAUUGGAUGAAUUUUGCCAAUUACAUUUUGAAUGUAAACAAGUGCCACUUGUCCAUUUGAGUGCCUACUUUGGAGUAUUAUCUGAUUUAAUUAUGGAAGAAGUAUUUGAAUCACAAAUGGCUGAAGCUUUGAAAAAGAAGACCUGGAUGGCCAUUAACAAAUUGUUGUGGAUUCAAAACGAUUCAUUUACUAAAGCUCAUGUGGAUGAUGCAAUGAGACAUUUGACAUCAUCAUCUUCGAGCUGCUGUCUAGUAACUGGAGCUGUUGGAACUUCAUGCUUGUCGAAAAACAUGAAUAAAUAA